ACUUGAAGAUUAUUAAAGUCGGGGAAGACUUCUUCACCGUGAACUGGACAAGGCCAAACGAUACAUUUGACUAUUACAGCGUGAAGAUAAAACCCUUUUUAGAAGGGACAACAUGGAGCAAUGGAUCGUGCGCAGAUGGCACCAUCAUUCACCGCGACCGGACGGAACUAACGUGCACUGAUCUGGAACCUUGGCACCUCUACAUGUUGCAAUUGUACACUCACAUUACCGGACCGCCAGCGAGGACUUCUCACGGUGAAUCCCUGUUCAUCGUGACGAAGACAAAGGGUGCACCUCAGGUGUCCAACUUGAAGGUUGAGAACAUUACGUCCACCUCUUUUGUUGUGUCCUGGGAACGGCCGAAAGAGAGCAUCGAUUACUACACGGUUGACGUCAUCGAUUAUGGAAGCCGCUUAAUCGGGAACAGGCUCCACCGCAUCGUUUCGUGCAACAACUCCGCUGAAAUUAAUCCGAAGCAGACAAGGCUGACCUGCACGAAAUCCGACACCUGCACCAGGAUCACCGUUCGAGUGCACACCUACAUUAGAGGUCAUCCCGAUCGCGCGUCACCCGCAGUGGCACUGGAGAACGUCCUUCUCCCUGGAACAGGAAUUCCGGAAGUGACCGAUCUGCACCUGGUAGCCGUCAAAAACAACUCCUUCACUGUCGCAUACCUUGCGCCAUACGGCCUGCAUGGACCGCUUUCAUUACAAUAUCACUGACCACAACUCCAGUCGUCGAGAAGUCAAAGCCAAACAAUGCGUUCAAGAAGGCAAGAACAACCUAAACGUUUUCAAGCUCACGUGCGUUGGGGUUGAGGCGUGUCACAAGGUUGACAUUGCUGUGGGGUUGCGCAAGGACGGACCCCCCAUAAAAGAUUCGCCUGGAGUUGCACUGCGUGGAAUUUACAUCCGUGGGAACUGCAACGGGUAAUGCUGGCCUAUAAUAUUGAGAACUUUGUUAGAUGCGAAGCAGCUUUUAGGGGCGAAGCUCCUUAAGGCGGCACCCCUUCGUCCCUCGUAGUCGUAGUAGUGCGUAACCAGUCGUAACGCUAGUACCAGGUCUUGACCUCCAAGGUGGUGCCGGUGGGAGAUUUUUCCUGUGCGUUGUUGAACAAUAAAAAAUUCGCUGCGUGCGCGUUAACUAAAAGCCGAAUUCUUCUGUCUCACAUUCCCCAUUAGUAGUCAUUGGCAGGUUCCAGUAGGAAACGUUAGUAGAAGUAGAAGUGUAAGUGUUAGCUAAAAGCCGACUUCUUCUGUCUCUCAUUCCCAUUAGCAGCCAUUGUUUACCUCCAAGGUAGUGCCUGGUGAGAUUUC